CCCUACUCACAUGUCUUGUAAGACGAUUGGACCAUCUAAUACUCGCUCUUUGCGGCUUCGCCUCUUCUUGUAAUGAAUUUUACAAGUAGGCCUAGACCUACACCUUAAUUCUUAAAAAGUGGGCUAGCUGAGGAAGUAGAUGAGAAGGUGCUGCAUGCCGCUUUUAUCCCAUUUGGGGAUUUGGUUGACAUUCAGAUCCCAAUGGAUUACGAGACAGAAAAGCACAGGGGAUUUGCAUUUGUGGAGUUUGAGUUUGCAGAAGAUGCUGCUGCAGCAAUUGACAACAUGAAUGAAUCUGAAUUGUUUGGAAGGACGGUCAGAGUAAACUUGGCUAAACCAAUGAAAAUCAAAGAAGGUUCCAGUAGACCUGUUUGGUCCGAUGAUAAUUGGCUGAAGAAGCAUGCAGGUGAGACAUUAAAGAAACAGGAGGAAACCGAUGAGACAGGUGAUGAGAGUACAGGUGGUGGAACCAAGAGACCAGCUCAAGAUGCAGACGAGGCAAUAGGGUCUGGAGCUAAGAGGUCUAAGGUCAAUCCUCAGGUUUACUUCGACAUAAAAUGUGGAAAGAAGGAGAUUGGCAGAAUCACAAUUCUACUGAGAAGUGACGUGGUCCCAAUGACUGCAGAAAAUUUUCGUUGUUUGUGCACCCAUGAAAAAGGAUAUGGUUACAAAGGAAGCAUAUUUCACCGCAUCAUCCCAAAAUUUAUGUGCCAAGGGGGUGAUUUCACCAAUCACAAUGGAACCGGAGGAAAGUCCAUAUAUGGGAAGAAAUUUAAUGAUGAGAACUUUGUCCUGAAACACACAAAACCAGGCUUGUUAUCGAUGGCAAACUCUGGACCUGGCACCAAUGGAUCUCAGUUCUUUUUGACGACGGAAAAAACGGAAUGGUUAGAUGGAAAACAUGUAGUUUUUGGUGAGGUAAUUGAAGGAAUGAGUGUAGUGAAGGCAAUCGAGAAGGUGGGAACUCCAUCAGGUAAACCUACUACAAAGGUGAUCAUCAGUAACUGUGGAGAACUGGUAUGAAGAUAAUAAACAAUAAGAAACACAGUGGGAUUGUUGAACAAGAUGACUGGUAACGUUGGUGGGCUUCCAUGGCUUUAUGGUCUUCACCUGCCAAGAUAGAGGAUGAUCCAUGUAGAGUGGUUUGCUGUAACUUGUUUACAGCUAUUAGCUAACAAGUUCAUGACUGCUAAAUGGUUACUAAUCAGACAGUGUUAUUUCGAUGAUCAGGAAUUACAAGUCGAUUAGAAUUAUUAAUUGCCUUUAAUGUGUUUGCCCUAUAUGUCAGGCAAACACAUCAUUCCUAUUACUAAUCAGACAAAAGCUGAAUAAGCUAUCUGUGUGCAGCUUUGUGUGCAGCUUUGUGGCCCACACGAUUCAAUGUAGAACGCAAUGCCAUGACGAGUGCACAAUGGAUCGUUUUUAAUGACAAUUUGUUCAAACUGCCACCGACAAUCAGCAAACGGCAUUGGGUCAUCUAGCACUCGCAGAUAGAGUUUGGGUCGUCAGGACAACGGUCGUAGGACCGUCGUACGCUUCAGUGAGUGGCCAGCUUAAGAGAAUGAUUCAUGUACAGGUAGAUUGAGUGCUGUAUGUUGUUUAAUGCUGUUUACUAACAGCUGCUGCUUUUCAUUGAAUCCAUACAUUUUGGUGGGAGAAUCGGUUGAAACAGGUCCGUGAUGAGAACGCUUCUCCUAUGACCCCUUGAGUUGCUACGUAAUUACAAAUGAGACAUAGUUUCUCAUGAGUUAGUGGUUAAAUAAGCUGUUUGUGUGUGGAUUAGCAAUGGCCAUUGGAGGUAAUAAUGACGUUUAAUUAAUCCACUGUCGGAAGAAAGGUAAUAUUAUUUUAUCUUGAAAUUCUCUACUGGUAAAAAUAUAAGAAUCUUCUACUUCCAUUAGCUGAAACCGACUUAUGUGUUAAGUGCCUUUUUUAUUUUCAUCCAACAGCAGUAGCGAUUUUCAAAAUUCUUGAAUCUGAGGCUUAGGGAGUAGAGUUUAUUGUAGCCAUGAAAAAAAAACUAUUGCUGAUGUGGUAUGAAUUUAAUGACCACUUAAUAAUAAAAAAUAAAAUAAUUUAAAAAAAAAUACCACUGAAAAAAUAAUAACUCAUUUUAAAGGAUUAAAUAUGUUAAUAACUUCUGAUGACAAAGCUAAAUAAGUGUAGGCCUGUGCUGGUUUGUGAAUGCACUGUAGUCCUAUAAGUCAAUUUCUUGUCGAUUUAAUUAUUUGAAAAAAUAUACUGUAUGAGCGAUAUAUGUAUUUUUUAAAUAUCUUGUCCGGGGUUCUGCUUAUAUCCAUUGACAGAAAAAAUAUGAUUACACUGAUGAUGAUAAAAGUUAUCACAAAAAAAACUGAGAGAUUAAAGUUUGAUGUAUAUUAAACUA